AGUCUCUUCAGAAAGGCUCAGUCCCCAGUUUGAGUCAGAGCUAGGGACCAUGCCGUCUCAGGCUCAGGGAUAAAAACCAUCGGGCCCAAGUGCCAUCCAUAUUCCAUCUCCACUCUUUCCUCCACAAAUUGGGAUUCAUCCCUGCUGAAAAGCACAGUCUAAGAGCAAGGGAACAACAACAAAAAAAAACAUGCUUUCACAUAAUACCAUGGUGAAGCAGAGAAAACAGCAAGCAUCAGCCAUCAUGAAGGAAAUCCAUGGAAAUGAUGUAGAUGGCAUGCACCUGGGCAAAAAAGUCAGCAUCCCCAGAGAUAUCAUGUUGGAAGAAUUAUCCCAUCUCAGUAACCGUGGCGCCAGACUAUUUAAGAUGCGACAAAGAAGAUCUGAUAAGUACACAUUUGAAAAUUUCCAGUAUGAAUCUAAAGCACAAAUUAAUCACAGCAUUGCCAUGCAGAAUGGGAAACUGGAUGGAAGCAACCUCGAAGGUGGCUCACAACAAGCCCCGUCUACUCCUCCCAACACCCCAGAUCCGCGGAGUCCCCCAAACCCAGAAAACAUCGCACCAGGAUAUUCUGGACCACUGAAGGAGAUUCCUCCUGAAAAGUUCAACACCACGGCUGUUCCUAAGUACUAUCAGUCGCCCUGGGAACAGGCCAUUAGCGGUGAUCCGGAGCUUUUAGAGGCUUUAUACCCUAAAUUUUUCAUGCCUGAAGGAAAAGCAGAACUGCCUGAUUACAGGAGCUUUAACAGAGUUGCCACUCCAUUUGGAGGUUUUGAAAAAGCAUCAAAAAUGGUUAAAUUCAAGGUUCCAGAUUUUGAGCUACUACUUUUAACAGAUCCCCGAUUUAUGGCUUUUACCAAUCCUCUUUCUGGCAGACGGUCCUUUAAUAGGACUCCAAAGGGAUGGAUAUCUGAGAAUAUUCCUAUAGUUAUAACAACUGAGCCUACAGAGGAUACCACUGUACCAGAAACAGAAGACCUAUGAAAAGAAAGUUGUAUGUGCCACAAAAACCUCUAAACAUAAAUGUUGCUGUUUUAUUAUUCUAUUUACCGGCACAGUCAUUUACACUCUUCAUUAGUAGCAAUAAUUUUGUAGCAAUUUAGCAAUUCUCCUUUUAUGGCAUUUAAAUUCUAUCUCAAAAAAUAAAUAAAUUCUAUCUCAGAUCAUAUACUAAUAAACAAUUUGAAAUCUUGUUUUAAAAA